AUGAAGGCGUACUACGUUGUGGUGCACGCCAUUGUUUCAAAUCACCGACCGAAAUUGAGAGCCCCGCACCGACAAUGUACAAAACUUCGGCUGGUACCACAGAAGUCUCACCGGCGAUUAACGGAUGUAGAUAUAGAGCUGAUUAGAAUAUUUCCUCCGUGCUACUCCAUAACCUUCUCUACAAUGACGCACUCGCAACUCAUAGGGUCCGACAUGUCUGAAUUGAAAGCCAAGACUAUAGGAGCCGGAAAGGUCGUACGCUGCCUUACCAUGGCGCUAUAUCAUAAUCCUGUCACUUUAGUAGCCAUUAUAUAUAAUGCUGGCCCAGAGUUCGCACACGGGAUCUUCGCUACGAGCUCGGCCCUGUCUUCUUUCGUCGUUAACAGGGCCUUGUUGUUGAAGUCUCCUUCCAUCUUCUCAACCGUCGCAAUCAACGACCAGGAACUCUUGCAGAAGAUCGCGAAUCAGAUUAGGCGAAUCAGUUCUGUUUGUGAGGGUCGAAGGGGAUUGUGUAAAUUCCAUGAGACGUGUAAGUUGAGUUUUAUUCAACGGCCGAGAGUUGGGUUGUUCCUUGUUCUAUUCUUAGGCUCGUUCAUGCCAAUGGUGGUGUGGAACAAGGCUGUGGAUAUCCCCGCUCGUUUAGCCAUGUCAAGCUUAGUUAUCACGUGCAUUUCGGCUGCAGUAGGGGUGUCCAGCGGUGACGUUUCCUGGGGCUUGGAGACUGGGCAACAUGCUCCCGACGACAAAUUUGCCGUGGUGCUGACAUUCCCCCGACUCAAUCGCUCCUUCAUUACUUUCCACCCCAAGGUUCAAUUGUUUUCCCGGAGCUUCCGCACAACUACAUAUCCACGCUCGGCAUUCCGACUCAUUCCAAUCUCCUGA